AGCAGUCACUGAAAAGACACGAGAGUAUAUCGCUCACCAGUUUUCAGAUAUCGUUGGGCCAAGCAGCAGUGUAGUUGUAAAGUGUAUAGCGGAGUGAUCGGGUUGACUGCCGUAACCGCCCGGCCACUUAAAGUUUAUAUAGCCCCCGUGAACUGACGGAUCAUUAAUUGCUAUCAACAAAUGGGGGCGUAGCACUUAUUACGCCAUUUGAUUGGUCGGUGGGCCGACCCCUGUGUGAUAUCAAGAUAAAGGGCGGUAUAUAGUGUAUGUAUAAACUACAUGAAGAUGUAGAAUGGAAUAUGAUCAAUUUUGAAAGAGACUGUAAAAGAUCAACAAAAACAUAGCAGUAUAUACAUACAUAGAUAUAAUUGUGAAUGAACUUUGAGUGGAUGCGGUCGCUUUAAUAACGGACUGUCGUAUAUACUAGUAGACUGUUAUGUAGGUAAAGUUGUAAUAUACUUAUGUGUAUAUAUAUAUAAACUACUAGAAUACCUACUGUUAGCUGAUUAAUUAUUGUGAUAAACAGGUACCGACCUCUAGUGUUUUAUGGAGACCGUGAAUAUUAUAUAUAGAAUGAAUUAGACGUGUAUGUUUCUUGUUAUUAUAGAAUGCACAAAAAGACAACAUCAUGUUACAACUGAGUAAAGGAUUAAGCCAUUAUUUGGAUAUUUUCAAAUUUCUUCUUUUAUCUGUGAUAAUUUCAGUUAUUCCAGCAGUAAGUGCCACCUGUCCACGUGAUGUCACCGCGACAGCGUAUGGAUGUUUUACGUCAUACAGUAGAAAUUUGCAAAAUAUGGAAUCUAGCAGACGACAGUUAUGUUGUGGGGUUGACGUAGAAACAUUAAGGGCCUUUUGUAGUUCGUAUGUUCAAGCCAUGUCUUGCAUCCGCCAACUUAAAUCAGACUGUCCACAGAGCUACCAUUCUAAAAUAGACUUACCCUUGGUGAACCUAGAGGGCGCUCACGAAGGUCUUCACGAUCUGUGUUCGGACGACUUUUUAUAUGAACGUUAUGCGAGAUACCAGUCUUGUUUUAUGUUAGAAGGAGAUGAAUCUGAAUAUUGUUUCCAUAAAAACCUUAAUACCAGUAUACGAAUAUUAUCUAAAAUAGACAAAACAACAAACCAACUUUGCACGGACAUGAAAAAAGUUGUAAAAUGUAUAACGUAUAAUAUCAAUUUAAAAUGUGGUCCACGAGCCGCUGAGUUAGUGGAGUUACUGGUUAAACCUAUGGUACGUCACAGUGCACAGUGUAAUUAUCAUAUAGACACCGAGACGACAUCCAAUUUCAAGCGACCGGGUGUGACGAAAGCUAUAUCAAAACAUCAUUAUAUUUCUGACGGAAGUCGAAACAGUGCUCACGUAAAUAUGACUUCCGGUAUCAAAAUGGCCUUGUUGACAAUUCUCUAUUCCUAUGUGUUUUUGGUUUUAUUUCACUGAGCAGAAGUGUAUUUGUGAUCGAUAUGUACACGAUCAUGUCGUCAUAUUUCAAAAGCUAUUUCCUGAUUUCAAAAGGUGCGAUAUUAAACACGAGCUUUGUGGCUAUUUAUAUUCAUUAUGAUGUUCACUGUGGAUGAAAAAAAGACGCCAUUAUUCAAAAUUAUAGCAUAAAAAGAUUUUGAGAUAAUUUGAAUUUAUGGUCAUAAAAACGAUGUUGAUUUGUGUAUUUCGACGAUGUAAUUAAUGAAUCUAUCAUAAUCUUACAUCAUUAGAGCCUGGUAAUUCAAGACUGAUUACCCGACUCCAUUAAGUUACGUAGAUGCUGUUAACACGACUCACAGAUUACGCUAUCAUAUUUCAUCAGAUUUCGAACUGUACAUAAAGAAUCGUGAUCUGUCAGAAAGGAUUUCUUUUCUGUUCCUUUUAUUUCAAACAAUGCUCUUUGUUCAAGCUCUUAUUUAAUUGUAGAAUUGUGUGACAGAUCUAAUCUGUAAUGUUGAUUUCCGUGUACGGCAUCUGACACGUAUCCCCCGUCUGAUUAGCAUCGUUUGUUAUACGAGCCGUAAAGAGCCCAACACCCAAAAGGCCGAAUUGUCUUGAUAUGGGCGAAUCAUCUAUCAUUUUAUCCCAUCUCAAUCUGCUCGCGAUAAUGGCGAUAAAAUAUCAUGACGUAACCAUUUCCUUAUAGCCUUAUGGGUAGUUUCUCUUCUCAUAAACAGACGCCAGUGUAAAAAAUAUCUUCAAAUGAUUUAAGAUUUAUGUUAGCGCUGAUUAUUAGAAAGUUCUGUCUGUUUCAAAAGAGAUGGGAAAACUCGUGGGUGAUUAGAUAAUCCAUUACGUGUAAUUCGAUCCAUUUUCAAGAUGGCGUUGAAUGAAAAGAAUGACGUCUGAUGGCGUUAGUUGAAUGGACGACAAUGGGGACGUUUUCCAAGUGCAGGUGUUUAUUUACGAGCCAAUUUAAUGAGACAUUCUUUGUUUAAAAUUUCCUUUUAAAAAAAAAUGUUGCACUCAAAGUUGGUUGAAAUAGAGAUUAAAUUACUGUUAAAAUCGAGAGAGACACUGUCUUAAAGAAUGGACAAUCACACACCCUGUGAAAGUUUUGAAAGACAGUUAAGUUCGAUCUGUGUUUUUCCAAAAUAAAUUUCAAAUUUGCAAGCUUCGUUGAGCGGAAAGAGGGAGGGGGGCGGGGUGGUGGGGUCUAAGAGGAAAGAACGCCUGCACUUGUUAAUUUUAAAGAGAUAUUUUCCAAAUAAGAUACUUGCUUGCUAUCCCUGUUAGGUACCCCUAUCUUCAUUCCACCGAUUCAAGUUCUGUAAGUCGUUUAGGGAUAUGAUUAUUGAAAACAAAAAAACACAUAAAAAAGUUAUUAAUGUAACCUUUAAAAAUAUACUCCAGUGUCAACCAUUGUUUAAGGGUUAAACUUUUUAAAAAUUUUAGAGUCUGAAAUUAUGAGGAUUUGGCGUAAAAUAAACUUAAGAAGUCUGGGCCCUUCAGUUCAAAAGAGGCUCUACAGGCCUUGGUGUAAUCUGGGGAUCAUUGUGUAUCCAUAGUUUCUGUUAAGAUUGUCAAGUCUGUUUUGAUCAUCGGGACUGAUCGCGUAUCUGUAAGGGGUAAAUGGGGUUUGUGGGGUAUUAUUUACUACCUUCUUAAAAUUAAAAUGUGCAUUUUGUGAUAUUAAAUUUACAAUAUCCCACAGAAGAAAGGAUUGUAUUGUAUAUAGCCAUGCUUUAAAAUGAGGGAAUAUGUUAGUUGUCUGUCCUUGGUAAUGAGCUUCGUCGCAGCGCCAUUUUGUGGGAAGGUAACUCCAGGUCUAGGCAUUGACAAUCGCAACAUGGACAUGCACUAGAUUCUUUACACGGGAUUGUGGAAAGGACGAGGGGCCCGACUAAGACAACAGGACGCAGGUCCACCGGGCUAGGCCUUUUGUUGUAGACAAUAGGACGAAUGUCCACCAAUCUAUGCCUUCUGUAGUAAACAACAGGACAAAUGUCCACCAAUCUAGGGCUUCUGUAGUAGAGAAAGGGCAGACAACAGAUUAUUUUCCUUUGUUUACUGUAUAUAUAUUUAUCAUUUUGUUAUAUAAUUAUGAAACCAUUGUAAUUUUGAGGAUAAUAUUGUUAUUAUCGAUAUUUAAUAUUAUAUGGAGACUGUGUUGCCUUUUAUAUCAACAUCCAUGCGUUAUUUGAGAAAUUGUACUGUAAUGCUUGAUUGUAUCUAAUUUACCGUUAAUUGUGGAAUUAUAAUUAAUGCACAUCGAAGCUUACUUGGCGUUGGCCGAGGUUUAGAAAUUAUUCAUUCUUUUGAAACAGUAGUCACCAAACAUUUUUUUUUUAAUCACAGCCCAAGUAAAAAUAUUUUGGCGCACGGUCACACUGGUGAACCACGGCGCACGUAAUUACAUCUCUUGGCAAACGGUCACACCAGCGCACUGUGACGCACGUAAUUCCAUCUUGUGGCACAAGAUCAUGCCAGUGCACUGUGACGCACGUAAUUCCAUCUUGUGACACACGAUCAUGCCAGUGCACUGUGAUGCACGUAAUUCCAUUCCUGUGGCACACGAUCAUGCCAGUGCACCAUGGCGCACGUAAUUCUAUCUCGUUGCUCACGGUCGCAUCAAUGCGCUGUGUUGCACAUAAUUACAUCUCGUGGCACAACAGUGCACUACGACGCACGUAAUUACACCACUCGGCACACGGUCACGCCAGUGCACCGCGACGCACGUAAUUACAUCUCGUGGCUCACCAGUGUACGACGACACACGUAAUCUCGCGACACACCAGUGCACCGUGACGCACAGUUUAGGAUCCACUAUUUUGAAAUGAUAUAUUUUUUUUUAGCUCUGUUACACAUGUGACUUUCCGACAUGACUCAUUAGUAUAUGUAAUGCGACCGAUAAUCAAAAUAAUUAUCUCCCUUUGACAUGUAAGCCUACUUAUAUAUAUAUGUGUGUAUUUAAUUGAAAUCUACAGGCCUUUUUUUCUAUUGUCAAUCAUAUUACACAUUACAUUACUUCUUGUAUUACAUUCAAAGGGAUUAUAUAUAUACAUGUACGUAUUAAAAUAUAUAUGAGAUUAAUAUUAUAAUCGGUGUGAAUUUAUGUAUUUUGUAUAUCGCUCACGAAAUGAAUCACCGAUAAUUGUCUGAUGAUAGUUCACCUUGAACGUAACCGGAUGUACGUUUGGCAACACUGUUGAUCACGUGACUAUUGGUGGCCAUUUGCUCAUUGGUAAUAUUUUGCACGGUAGCUGCGACUCCAGUAAUGUCCUAUAAGUAAACAUAACAUAAUUCAAUUGAAUACAAAUACUGUUUAUUACUGGGUAACGUUUCAACUAGGCUUCUGUAGUCUUUAUCAAGCAGCCCCUAAGCUAUAAAAUAUGAUGGGGUGGCCUAAACGCAUGUUGUUCAGUAAUACACGGAAAUAGAUUUUAGUUCAAUUACUAAAUGUCAUUGGGGCAAUAUGUCCAAAAAGUAGUGGCGUGCUCCGGGCAGGUUAUCCCAACCCUACUUAGCAGCAAUGUUGGCGUAGUUUCGUAUUUUGAAUAAAGUUAAAAGAGCCGAAUUAAUGAUCGUAGCCUCUGCCUUCAAGACGCUUUGUCUUAGUGAAAUUGCCAUUCUGUAAACUGUCUGUUUGUGUUUCCAGUCAUGUAAGUUAGAGGAGACGGUGAACUGUUUUUUGUAAAUUCUAUUUAUAACAUUGUAUAUUGUACAUAAACUCAAUAAAUUUGAUGGUUUAAUUUUUGA